AAAUACAAAACCGAAGUAACAUUUUAAGUUUUAAUCUUAGACGAUUCGUCUUUUAUACGUUACAGCAGAAUAGAGGUUCUCGUUUAUUUUUUAUCGUUUAAGUAGAAGAGAAAAAAGCUCAAACCAGCGCAACAAAUUUUAAUUGUUAAUGAUUUUUUUUUUUUCCCCUUAUAUUCAAACAGGCGAUACAGUGUUAAAGUUUAAGUACCUUUAAGUUGAAUCGCACGUGUGUAUCUCGAGUGCCAUAGGACGCUAAAAAGAUGUUACAUCGAUGUAAUCAGGUCUGACUUAACAGUUAGCUAAACGAUCAUUUUAUUUUAAAGUUAUACUAUUAUUAAUUAUUAUGAUUACAAUUAUUAUUAUUAUUCUUGAUGAUAACGAUUGCGCGUACCGUUUUUGUUUCUUUCGUUUUUCCAUACACAAUCUGCCGUGUAUACCCUGGUGUGCGUACAAACGUUACAAUGUUCUGACUCCUUACUAUAAGUACAGACUCAUCUUAUUUGCGAUUCAUUAUCCAGCGAUAUUUAACGAUUAGAAAAAGAAUUCCGUUUAAAUCGCCGGAUAGAAUUCUGCUUUUACGUUUGUAGAGUCAGAAUUUCCCCUUUCCCUCAUACACACACACACACACACACACACACUUCGACUACGCGAAUUUUCGAAAUACUUUAGAAUUAACAAUAUUGUAUUGUUCGAUUCGCAAAUUUAUAAUAAAGUAUGUUGUGAAUUUUAUUAUUAUCACUGGUAACAAUUCAUUGUACCUUGUUCCCUUUUCUUUUUCCCCCCAAGAAGAAACGAAUGGUGGAUGCAGUCCGAAGGGGUUGGAUGGAAAAUGGAGGGCGAAGGAUAUCUGUAUAACUGUAUGAAAUGUAUUGGAAACGAAAGCCGAAUCGACGUAAGGUGCAAGUAGUAGUCGGUUAGAGGCACGAGUGGGAAAUAACGUAACGUAGGAAAGGCAAGGUAACGUAACGUAAUGUAACGUAAGGUAACGGAGGAUAUAAGGGGGCUCGUAAAAAGGAGGAACGCCGAGUGGGCUACCGGUCAGUUUUAGAUCGAGAGUCAACCACCUCCUCCUCCUAGUUGUUCGGUGUGAUCGCGAACGUGCGGGCUGUGUCGAAAAGAUACGAAGUGCACCAGGGAAAUCAAUACAGUUUGUGAUUCGAUGACCGUACGUUCAUUAUCUUAACGUUAUAAUGUGAAUUAAUUACACGAAUGAUGGUUAUCCGCGCCGCGUAAAUAUCAAGAAUUUCAUUGUAAUUUCUAGCAACGAAGAAACUAUGGUGGUUGCAAUUAUGCCGUAGCCCUGUUAAUCAACGCGCAUCCAAAUUAACCCAGUUAUAGUACAACGACCGUUCUCUGAUGGGUAACGCUUCUAACAGGCGAACAACGCGUCUACCAUAAGUCUAAGUAGGCAUACACCGAUAGUUCGGUGUAGAAAAUAAAGGAUAGCGUACACGUUACAUAAAACAUGGAAAAGAGGCACAGAGUGGUGGCGUUAAUCGGGCUGAUUCUAUUCCUCAAGUCUUCGGACGCGGAAAGCGGCAGCAAGGAACAUUCUUAUUCUCACCACCGACAAAAGAGACUAUUCUGGAUAACGAACGAUGGUCGAAUAGCUUUGCCGCCAGGCACGGUAAUGACGAUAACCCCAACCUUAGCAUUGCCGUUUGUCAGAUAUCCACCCUAUGGUUUCCUCAGCAAUAUGACCAUCAGUCUACCUUUUACCAUCGAUUUCGACAAACUCGGUUUAACCGAUAACGAGAAUCCUUAUGGUGCUCUACCAUCGGCGUUCGAUGCUACCGCGAGGGAUCAAGGAUCGUCCACGGCGGAAUUUAUAGCGACGUUCGUCAAAGGUGGACUGAAUAAGAGAGAGGCUACCGAAAAUCUGCCAAAGAAUGCGUUUUACGGUGGCGAAAGAGCUUUGUUGUACGGUACCGCCGAGGAUAUGCUUGGAAAUUUCGGUUUGAACGGCAAGGCUUGUUUGCUUAGAGCAAUAUGCGAGGUGCAGGGUCACCCUUUGAGCAAUUUCGGUCUGGUCGGGGAAAUGCUCAAGCUUUUCUUCACUGCCAGCAAAUCGCCGUUUGCGAACCUUCUGACAGAGUACAUCGAAGCUGAGAAUAGAGGAAAAUUUCACGGAGAAUGUUGGCCUUAUUUUAAAGACUGUCCAAAAUCUUUGUUUCACCCUUCGGAGAAUAAGUAUACGAAUGAUGCAUUUAACGACAGUGCGGCGGCAACCGAAUCGGUUGAGAUUCGGCAAAAAAAGGAUCCAUAUUCCCCUUCGAUCGAAUCAACGGAUCGUGCAACGAGAAACCCUCCGUUCCCUCGAAAUGUAAAAUCAAUGCCGCAUCCCUCUAUGUAGCUUUCGAAAGAAGCCAAAUUCUAUUUCCACAAGUCGAAGAAAAUUCUGUCUUUCUUUCAAAAUUCUUUUUUAGAAUAACAAUUUAAAUAACGGACGGGAAAAAUGUCGCGCUUUCGACUUGAUCACUUGUAAAAGAAAAAACAACCAAAUACGUACUAGCAUUUUACGCUUCGUUGGCCUAUUUUGGCCUUUGUCGCGUGUCGUAUACACGCGGCUUUUAUCGCCAUAUUAUGUCUAGUAAUUUAUUCUCCGAUGAUGUUUUACAUUAUAAUAAUAUCAAAUUAGUUUCUUGUGAAAGCAACUCUACGUAAAUUGAUUUAUGUAAUUGGAUCAGUGGUUCUUAACCGGUGCUCCGUGAACUUAGAGAAAGUGUUUUGCCAAAAUAUCCCAUUAAAACGAUUGUCAUAAUUUGUUGACUUUUGUUUUGCUAUUGACCGAUAUGUAACCUGUUACGUACAUGAUUUUUAUUUAUUAGGCAAUAUAAAAAAUAUAUAUACUGUUUUAUUUUAUGACUAUGUGCCGCAAAAAUGUUGUAAAAUUGUAAAUGUUCCGUAAUUUUGAAAAGAUUAAGAACCACUGAAUUAGAUAUAUCAUAACAACUAAACUAUUUUGAAUAAAUCGUGGAUAAUUUAUACUGUAUGAUUAUCAUUGAUCGAUAUGUGCCGUUUUCUUGUGAACUACUAUAAGAAUUUCGUAUUAUGUAAUACAAAAUGAACGAAUCAACGAAGAAAACAGUAAAAAGAUCGAAGAACAGAGAAACAUUGAAAAUAAAAUAAAUCAUGGUAAAAUCGUAGUAAAA